AUGGGAGAUAAUCUCGGAUAUGACGAUGAUCUCUAUAAGAUUAUCUUUGAAAUAUCUGGAAUGUACAACCAUGCUGGUCGUGAUAAAACUCAGCUCCGUGCUUGCAAUGUCUUAUUGGUCGAUCGUCGAACAGAAUUCUGCCAGGAGGAAGAGGAGGUCCCCCUGGUUCAACGGAAAUCAGCUAGGAGGCAUGAUGGCGAAUCAAGACAAGCACCCCCGGCCAAGAAGGGUCGAACAACUGAUCCUUCCAAGGACGGACCUACUGGCCAACCUUCUGUCCAACCUCGUGCUCCUGCUGAAAAGGAGACUGCCCCUGCUGCCAACCCCCCGCUUGCGGCCCGAAGGGAACAGGCCCCGCAAGCAGAACUUCCUGGGACCAAACUCUCGAACCGCUCCCUGCGAUCAGCUAAAGAUCGCCUUGCUCAUAUCCUGAAGCAUGACCGUUGCAGGGAGGCAAUGGCUGAAGCUGAGAGCAUGGGGGUCGAUCAGAUCCUUAACAGGGCUCUUAACGAAGUGGCCGGUGCAAUGCUGACUAUAACUGCUGCUCGUACUCGCGCUAGUGCUAGCAUCGAGCAGGCUCGGGCAAAGGCCGUUGAGGAGUUUCAGGCGAAGGCCAUCGAGGAGCUUUAGGCUGUAGAAGCCAGGCAUGCUGAGGAGUUGGAGGUGGUCACCCAGCAGAAGGAUGCUUUGGUGGCAAAGCUGGCGGAGAAUGAAGCUUCUUAGGCAGCUUUGAAGAAGCAGAGGGACGAUUACCAGGAGUCCAGUCGAAUCCAAUAUCGUGAAGUCAAGAGACUUAAGGAGGAGCACCUUGCCAAGGUCAAGACCAUAGCUGUUCUUGAGAGCCAAGUGGAACAGCUUAAGCUUACCAACACCAAGGAUCUGGAGAGGUACAAGAA